GUCAGGUGUGCUGUAUAAAAAGCAGCGCGCGCCCCGACUCCGACAGGUACCUCAGGUGGACUCUGCUUCCUUGUUCAGGACUUAAAGCUGCCUUAAGGUCAAUCCAACAGGCAAUGGCUCCACGGCCAGAGAUUGGAAGUGACACUUCAGUCUCUCCACCGGAUCUUGACCAAAACUCAUCCAAAGAUGCAGUGGUGCUUCCAGCGUACUCCACUGUGGCUCUCGUGGAUUUGGAUCCUGAACAGAGCAACCCAUGGGACCUUCCUGAGCUCAAGGACGUGGGGCCCAAAUGGUCAGAAUUGGACACAAAGGGUAAAGUUCUGCAAGUCGUGACCUCAAUCGGAAGGUGCAUUCUCUUGCUUGGAUUCCUUUACAUGUUCGUUUGCUCUCUGGAUGUUCUGAGCUCGGCAUUUCAGCUCGUUGGUGGAAAAGCAGCUGGAGAUAUCUUUCAGGACAAUGUGGUGUUAUCCAACCCUGUGGCAGGGCUCGUAAUUGGUGUCCUGGUUACGGUGCUGGUUCAGAGCUCCAGCACUUCUUCAUCCAUUGUGGUCAGCAUGGUGUCAUCUGGAUUACUGGAGGUGCAGUCAGCAGUGCCUAUCAUUAUGGGUGCUAACAUCGGUACCUCCAUCACCAACACCAUCGUGGCUGUGAUGCAGGCCGGAGACCGUAACGAGUUCCGCAGGGCAUUUGCUGGAGCCACAGUGCAUGACUUUUUUAACUGGCUGUCCGUGUUGGUGUUGCUACCUCUGGAAGUGGCCACUGGUGUCCUGUACAAGCUUACCAAACUCCUCAUCGACUCAUUUAACAUUCAGACAGGCCAGGACGCCCCAGACUUGCUUAAAGUCAUCACCGAACCACUCACCAAGAACAUCAUUGCGCUGGACAGCUCUGUCAUCAGUGACAUAGCAAUUGGUGAUCCAAGUGCUCGAAACAAGAGCCUGAUCAAGAUAUGGUGCAAAAAGCAGAAAGUCACGAGUCUGGUGAAUGUCACCGUUCCCGGAGAAGCAAACUGCACAGUUGGUGUCCCAUGCUGGAUGGAGGGCAACCAAACAUGGACACAGAAGAACAUAACAGAGACCAUCAACUUAGAGAAAUGUACUCAUCUCUUUGCAUCAGCGAAUCUGCCAGACCUGGCUGUGGGCCUGAUCCUGCUAGCUCUUUCCCUGCUGGUGCUCUGUACAUGCCUCAUUCUCAUCGUCAAGCUGCUCAACUCCAUGCUCAGGGGUCAGGUGGCCGUCGCCAUUAAGAAGGUGCUCAACACAGAUUUCCCCUUUCCAUUUGCAUGGGUCACUGGUUACCUCGCUAUCUUGGUAGGGGCAGGAAUGACCUUCAUCGUGCAAAGCAGUUCAGUCUUCACCUCCGCCAUUACACCUCUUGUUGGUAUUGGUGUUAUUAGCAUUGAGCGAGCCUAUCCCCUUACGCUUGGCUCCAAUAUUGGGACAACAACCACCGCUAUUCUUGCUGCCAUGGCAAGUCCUGGAGAAAAACUGGCCAACUCACUACAGAUCUCUCUGUGCCAUUUCUUCUUCAACAUCUUUGGUAUAAUGCUGUGGUACCCAAUUCCAUUCACACGUAUACCUAUCCGGCUGGCUAAAGCACUGGGCGACCGCACAGCCAAAUACCGCUGGUUUGCCAUCAUCUACUUGGUUUCUUGCUUCUUCAUUUUGCCCUUGACGGUGUUGGGGCUCUCCAUCGCUGGCUGGCAGGUCCUCGUGGGGGUCGGCGUGCCCGUGGUGGUGUUGGUGGUCUUCGUGUUGGUGGUGAACAUCAUGCAGUCACGCUGCCCACGCUUCCUGGUUCCAGCGCUGCGGACUUGGGACUUCCUUCCCCGGCCGCUGCACUCUCUCAAACCGUGGGACCGCAUUGUCACCAGGGUGAUGGGCUUCUGCGGGACACGCUGCUGCUGCUGCUGCAAGUGCUGCAAGAAGGGAGAAGUGGACGAGGAAGAGAAGAGUAAGAAGGGCUUGGAGAUGUAUGACAACCCCACACUUUCUGUGGAUGAUGAGAAGAGCCAGAUUCAAACAGUGUCUGGAACACAUCUGUAGCAUGUAAUAAAGUAUAUAUAUAAUAGGACUCUAUUACAUAGUAUGAUUUAACAUAUGCACUGCUUAAAGGGGCUGGAAGUAGGCUGUGUAGCAGUUUCCCAUGUGGCUUGAGGUCUAUUGUACCUGAGGCUGCUAGAUGGUUCUUCUAAAGUGGCCCAGAAGGAACAUGUAGAGCCAUUCUAACAAGAGCAGAUCCCACUGAACAAGGCUUGGAUAGCUUUAAAGCCUGGUUCCUGGUCCUGAAGACGUUCUGCUACACAUAGCUAGACUAUGCUUGCUGUAUGUGUAUUUUUAGUCUCCUUGUGAAGCUGCUCUCAUUGCAUGGCUGUCUGUGAUGUGCAAUGCGAAAUGAAAAUGCAGAUGGCCUUUAUUAUUAAUUCAUACAUGAGGAUUUUGUUUAAAACUAUUUAAAGAGUUGUAUUUUUUAAAGAAUUAUAUAUGUAAAGAAUUACAUUUGUUGCCUUUUAAGCCCAUGGCUUUUUAGGCAGUGUCUAAUAUGUAUCUUUCUUAUAUAUGUGCAUUGUUUUUACGAAUUAAAAAAAAAAACAUGAGUAGGAUCACUCUAGGCGGUCUGUAUUGUAUAUAAGGAUUUUACACCAGUCAGAACUGUAAAGUAUGGCCUGUAAAUAAAUAUGUAAAAAAAAAAAAAUUGAUUGAUUUAUGUGGUUGUAUUGGUUGUGUGUAUACUGUA